AUGGGCCUCAGUAUUGUGGCCAUUCACAAGAUCAACAAGAUAUCCAUUGCAGCAGGAAAGAGCAAGAUUACUUGCAUUGAUGAAUCAUUCAGUGAGCAAUCUAACUCUAAACUCAAAAUGGGAAAGAUAAUCUUUUACGAGGACAGGAACUUCCAGGGUCGGCACUAUGAGUGCAGCAGUGACUGUGCUGACCUGUCCCCUUACUUCAGCCGCUGUAACUCCACCCGUGUUGAGAGUGACUGGUGGGUGCUGUAUGAGAAACCCAAUUACAUGGGAUACCAGUAUGUUCUGACCAGGGGAGAUUAUCCUGACUACCAGCACUGGAUGGGAUUUAAAAACAACAUCUGGUCAUAUCGCACUUACCCAUACAUAAGCUAUUUACCAAGGAUUUAUGAGAGGCCUGACUUUGGAGGACAGAUGAUGGAAUUCAUGGAUGACUGUCCAUCUGUCUACGAUUAUUUCCAUUACCGUGACAUCCACUCCUGCCAUGUGAUCGAUGGUUACUGGAUCUUCUAUGAACAUCCCAACUACAGAAGGCGACAGUACUUCAUGAGACCCGGUGAAUACAGGAGAUACACUGACUGGGGAGGCUACAGCUCAACUGUUGGAUCUUUCAAGCGAAUGAGGGAUUUUUAA